CAAGGUUGAAAUUGCAUGCAACUAGUGCAUUACUUCGGGAUACCAAGUGACGACGGCCGCAUAAUGUAUCGCGUGUUCAUAUUCUCAUUACUUAUCAUUAAUAUUGAUACAGCGAGGAUAUUAGCAGUGUUUCCGACACCAUCUAUCAGCCACCAAGUUGUGUUCAGGCAUUUAACUAAAGAAUUAGCUGACCGUGGACAUAAAGUAACAGUUUUAACGACUGAUCCAGCAUUUCCUAAAGACCGUACUCCUGAGAAUUUAAUUGAAAUCGAUUUACAUAAUGUAUCGUAUACACUUUGGGGUGAAAAAUUUAUAAAAACUGCCAAAGGUAGUACAAAUGACCUUAUCCAUCAAUUGCAAGUUGCUUUUAAUACUUUGACUGAGGUUUUUGAGUUGCAAAUGAAUAUGGAUGAAGUUAAAUCUGUGAUUAAUGAUAAUAAAUAUGAUUUAUUGAUCUUGGAAGGAUUGGCGAAACCAGCAUUGGCAUUAUCGCAUAUAUACAAAGUGCCUGUGAUUCAGUUUAGUUCGCUUGUUCCGAUUUAUAAUAAUCUACAAACACUUGGUGCCUCUGCGCAUCGAUUGCUUAACCCUGAGAUGGUAAGACAAAAGAUCAAUAAUUUGACAAUCUGGGAGAAGAUUACAGAAAUGUAUACUCAGUUUAAAUACGAAAUGGUUUUGGACCAUGAGGAAAUAAAUCAAAAUGCUGCUAUCAAAAGGAUUUUCGGCAAAGAUAUUCCUCCUCUUAGUGAACUGUAUAAUAAUAUUGAUAUGUUGUUCUUAAAUUGUCACCCUUUAUGGGACAGUAACAGAGCUGUCCCACCGAGUAUAAUAUAUUUGGGAGGAAUCCAUAAAUAUCCACUAAAGGAACUAACCAAGGAUCUCAAAGCCUACUUGGACACGUCUAAAAAUGGCGUCAUCUACAUCAGCUUCGGAACCAAUGUCAGCCCAUCAGCCUUGCCAGCGGAAAAAAUACAAAUCCUUGCUAAAGUGUUCUCCAGGUUGCCAUAUGAUGUCCUCUGGAAGUGGGACAAGGAUGAAUUGCCCGGGAAACCGGCUAACGUGAGGAUUUCACAUUGGCUGCCUCAGUCGGAUCUUCUGAGACAUCCAAAACUGAAGUUGUUCGUGACCCAAGGCGGCCUGCAGUCGACUGAUGAAGCGAUAGAUGCUGGAGUUCCUCUGAUUGGCAUUCCUAUGUUGGGAGACCAGUGGUUCAAUGUGGAAAACUACGUAAAGCAUGGUAUUGGCGUUCGGCUGGACAUGGACACCCUAACAGAAGAGAAGUUCCAGGAUGCUAUUGAUAAAGUUAUCAAGGAUCCAAGCUAUCGCCAGAACAUUGCGAAGCUUCGUGACCUCAUAAACGACCAACCGCAAACCCCCUUGGAAAGGGCAGUAUGGUGGACAGAACACAUUCUUAGACAUGGCGGGGGUCGACACCUGAGGUCCCCUGCAGCUAACAUUCAUUGGACACAGUACUAUGAAGUAGAAUUAAUAUCCUAUCUACUUUUUGGUCUACUGGCUGUCUUAGCACUUUCUGGAGCUGUGAUAUUCUACACUGUGCGACAUAUAUCACUGUUGAUUAAUAAAAAUAGCAAAUUAAAAACAAAUUAAUAUGAUAUAUGUGGGAAAUCUUCCUAUUAAAAAUAAUAAUUUAUUAGGUAACUAAAUUAUAUUGUAUUAAGUUUUGGUUUUGUCUAAGAUAAAUGUAUGAAAAAGGGAUGGGAUAUUUUUUAAACAAUUUAGUCUUGCAUAAAUUAUCACUAUUUAUAUUGUAAUAAUACAAUACUCCAUAUUAAUAUUAUAAAUACGAAAGUCUGUCAGUUUUUUCUGUCUGCAAAAAAAUUGGCUACCGCGGCUAUAGUAGUAAAACAAUAUAAUUAAAAAAUCAAAUUCGGGAAUUUUUCAUUAAGGUGAUUGCACAAUAAUUAUAUUAGUAAUUGUUAUUUAAUUUAGAACUAACGUUAUCAGUAACAUCUAACAUAUUGAAAUAAUAUGUCAAAAAUGAAGGCAAUAGAGAUAAAGCGGGGAAAUAUAUUUGUCUGUAAUCGUGGACAAACUGUGAGACAUGAUUCCGGUUAUAUCGCAACAAAAUUAGCUAAAAUUAUUAUUAUAUACGUAUUCAUAUUUUAAGGAAGCUCUAGUUGAUAAAACAUAUUUUUUUUAUAGUAAUCUUAAAAUGAAAUAUUAUUUUUAAGCAAUGCGUGAAAUAAAGUGACUAUUACUUCGUUAUUUGAAAUCUAAAAACAUAGGUACAUUUGUUAUCGCGAUCUUGCACGUCGUUAUUCGAAUGAGACGGCUAUAUUUCUACGAGCUUCUACGCAGUGUGUAAGUGUAUUGACUGUUUUUCCAAAUGGCUUAGAAAUAUAGAUUAGUUAUUUAUGCGUGAGCGAAUCAUCUAAAUGUAAUAAUGAACAUAUGAGUGUAAUUACCGAAAGAAAAUCUGAAUAACAAAAAUAGUUAAUUGACGUCCUUGGAGAAAAGGCUGCGGUGAAGUGUGUUGCGCCGCUUCUUCUCCACCUGCGCUUUGGAAGUCGGCAGUAGACUCAGUAGACUAAUUAAUUUUUUGACUUCAAUAUGUGAUGUAUAUCAUCCUAAAUUGGAGAAAGAAUUUUGAAAAUCGCUUGAGUAGUUCCGAAGAUUGACCCUUACACACACAAACGCCUACUUCUUAAUAAUAUAGUGUUGAUUAGUGUAGAUAAUGCGAUUUUUUCUAGGUCUAAGGCAAAUUAUUGCAUAUUGUGUAAUAAAAACAUGAUUUUAUUUUAUAAAAUUAAAAGUUCGUGUUUUGUUA